ACCCGCCCUUCUUCCUUGUUCGUAGUGCAGGGCCACUCGCUGUGCUCUGUCAGUUUUCAAUCUGAGCAGGAGCCUGGAUAUUACAUACCUUCCACGGCAGCGCGAUUUUGCUCCGGCUCGGCUGAAGUUUUCCCACAGAUAAGAGGGAAAGGGGUGAGGAAGCAAGACUGCCCCGAGGACACCUCUCUCUAGCAGGACAUGGAGAACAGGCCGGCGGAGACCAACUCAGAGGUGGAUAAGUCAGCAUCACCCUCAGUGGCUCAGCUAGCAGGGAAGUUCAAAGAGCAAGCAGCCAAUAUCACUGGAAAAGAGGUACCGCCACAUAAGCCAACUAGGAGGAAACCACCAUGUUCCCUUCCAUUGUAUUCCCACAAAACUGAGACAAGUGACAAUGAUGAGCAAAAGAGGUCUCCGAAUGCUUGCCCCAUGCCCAAGGUCAAGGUGAAAAGCUCUCCUAUGAUUGAAAAGCUGCAGGCCAAUCUGGCUUUUGCCCCAGCCGCUCUGCUGCCGGGAGCAUCUCCCAAAAGCCCCGGUCUGAAAGCCCUGGUUUCUCCGUUCAGCACCCCUCCCUCGACGCCCAGCAGCCCAGGGGUUCAGUCCCAGUCCGGGGAAGUGAGCGAGACGCCCGUCAGCUUUGAUCAACCCCCCGAAGGCACUCAGCUGCAAUUCUAUAACAAGGUGCGGACACGGGGAUCAAUAAAGCGCAGGCCUCCCUCCAGAAGGUUUCGAAGAUCUCUGUCCGAGUAUGGAGACGGGGAAGAUUUAGGGGUCAACAUCUCCUCUCCAGAAAAUGGUGCCAAGGAAGAUGGGGACGAGGUGUUUGCGCACAAGGGCAAGACAGAGGAGGCAGAAACAGAGAGCAAAGAGCAAAAGAAACAGAUAGGGUCUGAUGAGAAGCCCCCAUCAAGAAAAGGAUCCAGAUCAGAAGAUGAAGAAAAAGGGGAAAAACAGGCAGAGAAAAUUACUCCUUGCAAAAGUAACAUGGGGGAUACAAAGGAGGAGCAGGAGUUGUGUCAGGGUGCCCCAGGAGAGAAGAACUCUCUCCAGCCUUCCUCCGGAGACAAGGAGGAGAAGGUGUGUGAGGGUCCCCAGGCAGAAGGGAAGGAAGACGGUGCCUGUGAACAGGAAAAAGGGGACAAGGAGAAGGAAGAAGCUGAAACUAAAGCAGAAGCUGAAGUGAAGGAGUCCUGUGAGAGCACAGAUGCACAGCGAACGCCAGACACUGAAGAAACACCGGUGGCACCUGAACGGCGGCAGGAGGCAGGGGGCUUGGAGACAGCCAGUGAGCCUUCAGCGCCAGCCACGCAGGACCAGAGCUCAGUGUAGCAGUGAUGCACAGGACAUACCCAGACAGGGCACAGGAGACUUAACAUGUGAAUAGGAGCCAUCUAACCCAAUGGAGGUGGAAGCUACUGGAAAACCUUCAGUGGCAGGAGAAGAGCAGAAUAUGGAUAUCCCCUGAGGUCCAGACUCAUCCCUGAGCUGAGCAGCUGCUUUCUGGCACUCUGCUUUGCACCAUCAUAUUUUGGGACAGUUGGAACCAGAGACUGGCUUGCAACUGCUUCAGAGUUUAAAACUGAGGCGUCGGCUGAUGUUCCUCGUUGAUACUCAAGGAGUGAGAGACCUGAUGUGUGCUGUCCUAGAGUUGACAGCCACCACCACUGCUGGGCCCCCUGCUCCUUCAUCCUACUCCAAAAUGUCUUUUUCUUCUCCCCUGCAUUGGUCUUAGAUGAAGUUCAUCAGUUGCAUACAUACAAGUAUUGUGCCUUUUUGGUAGCUUCUUUUAAAAUAUUUUGUGUUUUCAAAUUUCAGUGAAUAAUGUUUUAACAGUAGGAAAAAAAGUAUGUUUUCUCCACAUAUGCUCUAUGGCAGACAAUGUGAACCCUGAAGACAGGGAAAACUCUUAGGACAUUGUUCAUAAAGCACAAAAUCCCUUUGAAGUGGGGGUCGAGCUGUGAAAUCAGCUCAUCUGUGAAAGAGCCAGCUAUGGUGGGCUGUGUGCUUCAACUCUGGAGUGGUUUUGGUGCUGGUGGAAAGUAACAACCAACAGAUUUGAUGCAGAGAAAAGAUGUGCUGCAUAGGUCAAUAGGGCAAGUUUUCUUACCUGGCUCUGUGCUCCAGUUCAGAUUUAGAUUUAGAAAGGCCACCUGCCCAUCAGUCUUUCAUCACUUCCAGACCCUAUCCAACCUUUUGAAUCUCUCUUGAAAUUUUCAGUGUGCGGCCACUGAGUGGCACUUGUGAUAAGUCGCUUACUGGAAACAGCCAAUCAAUUUUAUGUGCGUCAAAGAAGAGGUCUUAGAUGGCUGAGUUUCCAGUUGUAUGACCUGACUGAAUAUGAAUUGGUGAAGGACAGCCAGUCCCUCCUAAGUGCUGAGGCACUGGACUAGCUUUGCAUUGACUCCUGGGGUACUAGUUAAGUCAUGGGUCUGGCAGUUGCUAAGCCAAAAAAACUUUUCCAUAUGGAGAGUAUUUGUUACCUGUAAGAAAUAAGUUAUGCAAGGAAGGAUAGGUAACAGACCCUCACCUGACCAGUUUCCUGACAGUAGUUGCUUGAAGCUGUAUCUGCAGUACUGAACUGGCUUAAGGUCACAGGGCUCACGUCCACAGCGUGAUGUGGAGCUGUGGGAAAGUGGAGCUGGAGACAGUGAGCCAGACUCGUCAAAAGCGGAGCCAAGGAGUCAGCUAGCUGUUAGGUGGUGUGACCGAUCAGGAGCCAGUGCUUGAACCUGCCAUCAGCCACCUGCUACCCAAGAAACAGAUGCAGCUACAGAGACCAAGGGCAGAACCAGCCAGCUCCUCUUCAUCCCUCACAAACCUCGUCCUGGCAAACUUUAAGCUGAGCAGAGUCACAGGCUUGGAGGUUCCCUUUCUCCCCAGACAGGCACAGGCAUUUUACACAACACAGUCCACAUCCGUCCUUGAGUGGGUUCUGCAACACCACAGUGUUACAACCCCCUGGUUCUGAGGGAUAUCUCCUUUCUGUUCUGUUCACCAGCUCUAAAGCUGCAAGGAAAGAAGUGGCUCUGUCCCUGCCUUUCUUUUACCCAGGUGACAGCUUUGAGGUAUCAUUUGCCAAGAACCAGCGGUGUUGCCCCUCCUGCAUAGCAUGGUUUUCUCGGCAAACACGACUCCCCCAUCUUUUUGAACUAUAUUGGGAGCAUUGUUGCCUUUUAAUUCAUUUUAAUCUGUUUGUUAAAGCUUGUAUUCCAGGGCAGGCUGCAAUCAUCUGCUGUACCCUGUUUCUUCUCUCAGCAGAGUGUCCCAUCUGGAUGUGAGUGAUUGUGCCUUACUGUAUAUACAGAUAUAUGUGUGCCUGUUUAGAGAAUGAGUAUGUGUGUCCCCAGUAAGGGAAUGGAAAUCCAAGGGAGAAACAGAAGAAAUAUAUGGUGGAAUAAAAUCAAACCAAAACAAAA